GUGUUUUCUUUAUCAAAUUUCCGUAUUCAUAUUUCCAGAGUUAGCGCAAAAGUUUUAGGUGAGUCCAAACAUGGAAGGAAUGAAAUUGUUGACAGUUUCAGAACCAGUUUGAGGUGUUUGAUAAUAAUGGAUUGUUCAUUCAAUCAAAGUGUGGCCAAUUAUAAUAUCAGUUUAUGCGAAAAUUUCGAAAAUGGAACAAUUAAUCAGGAUUUCAUUAUUCCAUAUAAUGAACGACCUGAAACCUAUGUGGUUCCUGUGUUGUUCUUCUUGAUAUUCGUAAUAGGAGUCAUAGGAAAUGGAACUUUGGUGAUUAUAUUCAUAAAACAUGAACAUAUGCGAAAUGUACCAAAUACGUUUAUAUUUUCUCUAGCAAUAGCAGAUCUAUUGGUAAUACUGACCAGCGUUCCGUUCACUUCCAUCAUUUAUACCAUGGAAGAUUGGCCUUGGGGUGAACUAAUAUGCAAAAUGUCAGAGACAGCCAAAGACUUAUCAGUAGCUGUAUCUGUGUUCACAUUAACAGCUCUUUCUGCUGACAGAUUUUUUGCUAUUGUAGAUCCAUUAAAAAAGUUCCAUACUGGAGGAGGAACUAAAACUGCCACAAAAAUAACUAUCAGUAUUGCUGUCUCGAUUUGGGCAAUAGCAUUUUUGAUUGCUAUACCAGCCGCCGUGGGCUCUCACAUAAAACCCAUUCCCGAUGAAAACAACACACAAUUUUUGAUUUGUUAUCCUUUUCCUACUCAUUGGAUGAACUAUACUUAUCCUCAAGUGAUGGUUUUGUUCAAAUUUUUCAUUCUGUAUUUAAUACCUUUAUUUGUAAUUGCAAUAUUUUAUCUCGGAAUGGCCAUAUCAUUGAUAACAAGCACACACAAUAUGCCAGGAGAGAUUCAAGGACUUAAGAAACAGAUUAAGGCUAGAAAGAAAGUUGCUGUGACAGUAUUAAUAUUUGUAGCAGUAUUCGCCGUCUGUUUUGCUCCUCUCCAUAUCUUCAUGUUAUUUUUUUAUUUCUAUCCAGAUUUCCAGGAUUGGUAUAAUGCGUUUUGGCAUUACCUGAGAAUAACUGGAUUUUGUCUAAACUACAUCAACUAUUGUGCUAAUCCCAUUGCCUUAUAUUUUCUCAGUGGAACAUUUAGGAAAUACUUUGACCAAUAUCUAUUCUGCAAAAAGCCACGAAGGUUGAGGCAAAAUACUUAUCCCCAUCAACACACAUCAAUAUCCCUUUUUUCAGUUAAACGAAACCAAAACGACAAGCAAACGUCAAUAAAUUGUUCUACUCAUGACACACAGGAAACUCAAGAGACUACAUCGGCACUAUUGGGAAACAAUGAAGUCGAGUGCAGCCAUUCGAGCAAAAAAAUAAGAUAACACAGCAAAGAUGUUUUGCUACGGUUACAUCGACAUACUUUAAGUACGGGGUUGUUUCUAGACAAUGAUUUUGCAUCAUUUUAUUCUAGAAUUUCAACCGACAAUUGUGAUAGAAUUGUAGAUUUGCUGAAAUCGUCG